AAUUGAAACACAAUCACUUCUUUUUAAGUAAUAAGCAAGAAGAACCCCAAAUGGCAGUGAAGAUGUUGAAGUGUUUAAUCUUUUCGUUUCUUGGUGGAGUUGCUCUUGCUGUUUUGGUUCAUGCCCAGGAGCAAUCAGGAUUUUUUAGCCUAGAUUGUGGAACAUCCAGUGAUUCCAACUACACUGACAAGAUAACAGGCAUAGAUUACAUGUCAGAUGCAUACUUCAUUGAGACUGGUGUCAACAAUAAAAUAUCAUCUGCAUAUGAAAAUUAUAAUCUUGAACAGCAACUUUUGUGUUAG